UACUUUUGACCAUAGCCCUAUGGGUAGUCUCACUAGACAUGUAGCUGUUGCCUAGGGCCUGGUUUUCUAGACUACACUGUGGGUGCAAUUUUGGGACUGAACCCAACUCCCUAUCUAUUUAUAACCUGCCUAAUAACAUGACUCUAGAGGGAUUGAAUUUCAUACCCCGCUUUCUUUCCGUCCUUCCCUCUCUUCUCUCUUUCACUUCCUCCCUUCCUGUCUCUUUCUAGAAUCCUGGUGUGGUGUGUUGUGGGGGACACUGUCUCUUCAGGAGGAGACCCUCAGAGAGGGAGGGGAUGUCUAUGUGUGUCCGUGUAAGCAUAAUACUAUCCACCAUUUAUGACAUCAUCAGAAGGUGCCUUCAUGCCUUGGUGAGAGCAGUAGUAACACCAGAAGAAGAGAAGGGACAGUGGGCCAUGGAGGAGCUGCUGACCCCCAGACAACAGACUGCUAGGCAGAUCAAGGCCCGUUUCCUGGAGGCCCUACAGACCAACAACGUAACGGAGGUCCUGGAGAUACUGUACACCACCAACCUGGACAUCGACACUGUGCUGGAGGUGGAGGACAAACGCAUGGUCCUGGCCUCAUACAAGCAAGGUUUCUGGUUGCCAGACUACAAGCUAGAGUGUUCUUGGGCGAUGGCCCUCCACGUCUGUGUAAUGUACAACUACCUGGAGACAGCUCUGGUGCUGCUGCAGAAGGGGGCGGCGGUUAACAGGAAGCCCAAUGGGAAGACCCCGCUUCACGUGGCCUGUACGGUCGCCCACGGCGACUGUGUGGCCCUGUUAUUGGGCCACGGGGCGAGGGUCAACAGCCUGUCUCUGAGUGGACACACACCACUACACUACUGUAUAACUAAAGAGUCUGUGGACUGUGCCAAGCAACUCAUCCUUAAUGGGGGCAAUGUGAACAAGCCCAGUCAGAGCAAAGACGAGGAAACACCUUUACACACAGCAGCCCGCCUGGGAAUCCCUGAGCUGGUGGCUCUCUACAUCUCCCACGGGGCCCAGGUGGACGCGGUCAACUCCCUCCAGGAGACGCCCCUGAUCACUGCAGCCUUCUGGGCCCUGGACAUCCGUGAACAGACCUACAGCGAGGACCACCACCUGGUCUGCCGCAUUCUGCUGGACCACGGCGCAGACCCUAACCUGUAUGAAGACGACUAUAAGACAGCCCUGCACAAGGCCUCCUGGAACUGUGACCACGUGCUGAUGCAGAUGCUGCUGGAGGCGGGGGCGGACACUACGACCAUGGACAUCAACGGCUGUGAACCCAUCCAGUACGUCCUGAAGGUCACCUCCGUCAGGCCCAUGGCCAUCCCUGAGCUCUGUUACCAGCUGCUGCUCAACUUUGGAGCUCCACGGGUCUACCCGCCGCAGUUCCACAAGGUGUUGCAGGCCUGCCAUGAGUGUCCCAAUGCAGUGGAAGUCAUGAUGAACUCAUAUGAGCGGAUCAAACCCACCAACAAGUGGAGAUCAUCCAUUUCUGAAGCCUCCUACAAGCAACAUGAGGAAUUCUAUGAGUCCAUGUUUGCUGUGUGCUCCAACACUCCUCGUUGUCUGAUGCACCUGGCCCGGUGUGCUGUCAGGAGGGCUAUGGAGAACCGCUGUCACACUGGGGUAGGGACCCUCCCCCUACCUCCCCCCAUCCAGAGAUACCUGCUACUGGAACCUGAGGGGACCUUCUAUUGAUGGACUUACUGACCAGGUGUUUGACUGAAUGAUCUAUCUUUAGAGAACAGCUGCCCUGAGUGAUACAAGAGAGACAGUAUCUGAUGCUAUUAGUAGUAGUAUAGAUGGAGGGUAGUUUAGGUUAGUUAGUGCUUAGCUAGGUGCACAGGUAUACAGCACACUGCCACUUCCACACUCUAUCCCUAGGUGGCAGCAGCAACCGGGUCAGGUGCUAAGCUCUCCCAGGAAGCCUCGAUAAACAGUGGAUUGCUCACAGGUGGGGGCAAUAAGUGACUGCAGGUGAUUGCAAAGAGGGAGGUCGGCCAGCCAGCGUUUGUGUAAAAACUUGUUGUGGGCCUUUUGUAUAUUAUUUUGUAUAUCACUACUUGAACGAAUGCCAACCACAAGUAUAGAGUUGAGACAGAGAUCGACCUGAACUUGGUAAGUUUGCUGUCUCCUCGGGCACAUGUAUUCAACACCUGGCCCGCUUAGUCUUUCUUCUCAUGUUAAUGCAGACAUUUAGACAGAUUACAGAUCAUUUAGCCAAGCCUAGGACCCCUAGACAUAGAGUGUAGUGAUAAAUGAAGUCUGGCCAGGUGCUUUCCUAACACUAUCACUUAGGUCCAGUCAUUAAAACAGGAAAUAACUUUUUUUUUUAAACGGUACUAAGAGAUGCUGUAGCUGCUGUUGCUGAAAGUGGAACCAAAAGAGAUGAUGAUAGCACUGCCUAGCAGUUGAGGCUAACACUGGGUCAAACACACUGACUGGAUAUCCUGAUCUUACUGUAGACUCCAGUCUAUUGUGAUAAUGACAUAUGAGGACAUUGGUCUUCUUUAGCCCGAUGUGGUGGAUUAAUGGAUGUCUGUUUGACAGAUGGAUGGAUGUAUCAGUCUGACAGCUGAAGUUUCUUUCAGACAUUAAUACUGGAUGUCCUGGUCUAUGAUGUCACUUGUUAGUGUGACGCCAAGGAUCCACUGCAGCACUGACUGACUUCAGGCUGUCUGACUCUCUCCCUCCCUCUCUCUCUCUCCCCUCUCCCUUUUUAUAUUUUUCUCCUUCCCUCCCUUCUCUCUUCUCCCUUCCUCCUUCUCUUUCUUUAUCACUUCCCCCCUUCUCCCUCCCUCUCUCUGUGUGGGUAACCUCAUGACUCACCACUGCAGAGUGGAUUUCACCCAGCAACCAGUGCACCCUGCUCUCACGCGCUCCUUUCAAAAGGACAAAUACUUGGCAGUUCACUCAAGACAUUUCUCAGUGUGUUUCCAUUCACUUGAUAGUGCUGACAGUGUGUUGCACAGACAUCAUCACAGGGACUCGCUAUCUUUAGAUCUAAGACAAAUGUUUUUGGAAUACUCUGAUAAUGACUGCGUUAUCUAAGGUUGUGUUAUUUUGAAUCAUUUUUAGGCAACUGCAAUCUCUGUGUUUACAUCUGCCCAAAGAUAGGCAGUAGACCAGCUGGGGGGAAAUGUAUGACUUCUUGAAAUAGUUAGCAUUGCACAGAUGUACAGUAUCCUACAGCAUGCACUUGGAGACUUAUAAGUUCAAUAAAGCAUCUAUUCAAUGACAACACAGCACACAAGAAUGAUGUAUGGCCUCUAAAUAGCUUCCCCCUUUGUGUUGAUCCUCUCCAGAGUACUUAAGAUGAA